GCCCCGCUCCGCCCCGCGCCCCGCUCCGCCGCUCCAGCAUGCACGGAGGAUGCUCGCGUCUUGCUCGGGCAGGAAGGGGCCGGAGGGCAGAUACCCGCUGCAUUACCUCGUCUGGCACAACCGAGCCCGGGAGCUGGACCGAGAGCUCAGCGCCAAGCAGGCCGACAUCGAGCAGCUGGACCCCCGAGGACGCACCCCGCUGCACCUGGCCACCACGCUGGGCCACCUGGAGUGCGCCCGGGUGCUGCUGAAGCAUGGAGCUGAUGUGGGCAAAGAGAACCGCAGCGGCUGGACAGUGCUACAGGAGGCCGUGAGCACCCGUGACCUCGAGUUGGUGCAGCUGGUCCUGCGCUACCGUGACUACCAGAGAGCCAUCAAGCGCCUGGCCGGGAUCCCCAUCCUGCUGGAGAAGCUGCGCAAGGCCCAGGACUUUUAUGUGGAGAUGAAGUGGGAGUUCACCAGCUGGGUGCCACUGGUGUCCAAGAUCUGCCCCAGUGACACGUACAAGGUGUGGAAGAGCGGCCAGAACUUGCGGGUGGACACCACGCUGCUGGGCUUUGACCAUAUGACCUGGCAGCGGGGCAACCGCAGCUUUGUCUUCAGGGGACAAGACACCAGCGCAGUGGUGAUGGAGAUUGACCAUGACCGGCGAGUGGUCUACUCGGAGACACUGGCCCUGGCCGGCCACGACCAGGAGGUGCUGCUGGCUGCUGUGCAGCCCACGGAGGAGCAGGUGAUGGGUCGGCUCACAGCCCCCGUCGUCACCACCCAGCUUGAUACCAAGAACAUCGCCUUUGAAAGGAACAAAUCUGGGAUUCUGGGUUGGAGAAGCGAGAAGACAGAGAUGGUGAAUGGGUAUGAGGCCAAGGUCUAUGGCGCGUCCAACGUGGAGCUGAUCACACGGACGCGGACGGAGCACCUCUCAGACCAGCACAAGGGCAAGAGCAAAGGUAGCGCGUGGGGUGGUGGUGGGCACAGGGCUGCAGUGCUCGGCCUCACGCCCCGUCUUGCAGGCAGUAAGACCCCACUACAGUCCUUCCUGGGCAUCGCUGAGCAGCACGUGGGGCCCAACAAUGGGACGCUGAUCACGCAGACGCUGAGCCACACCAACCCCACCGCCAUCACCCCUGAGGAGUACUUCAACCCCAACUUCGAGCUGGGCAACAGGGACAUGGGACGGCCCAUGGAGCUCACCACCAAGACGCAGAAGUUCAAGGCGAAGCUGUGGCUGUGCGAGGACCACCCGCUGUCCCUCUGUGAGCAGGUGGCCCCCAUCAUCGACCUGAUGGCCAUCAGCAACGCGCUCUUCGCCAAGCUGCGUGACUUCAUCACUCUGCGCCUCCCGCCCGGCUUCCCUGUCAAGAUUGAAAUCCCCAUCUUCCACAUCCUCAAUGCCCGCAUCACCUUUGGGAACCUCAAUGGGUGCGAUGAGCCCGUCAGCUCCCUGCGCAACAGCCCCAGCAGUGAGGCCCCCUCGCCCAGCAGCGAUUCCUCCAGUGUCAGCAGCUCCAGCUCCCUGACGUCCUGCCGGGCGUGUGAGAUGGACCCGGCGCUCUUUGAGGUGCCACGGGGGUACAGCGUGGUGGGCACCCACCAGGAUGCUCUGCGGGAGGAUGAGGACGAUUUGCUGCAGUUUGCCAUCCAGCAGAGCCUGCUGGAAGCAGGCAGCGAGUACGACCAGGUCACCAUUUGGGAAGCACUGACCAACAGCAAGCCAGGCACCCACCCCAUGUCGCACGAGGGACGCCGGGGAGACAGGUUGGACUCCCCAGCACACGGCAGCCCCCAGACCCCCCUCCAGCCCGGCGCCGGGGGGCGGCGGGGGGCCCAGCACGCUGUUUCCCAGCUACGCGGAGCAGCUGCGCCUGGCCAUGGCGCUGUCGGCGCAGGAGCAGGAGGAGGCCGAGCGGCGGACGCGGCAGGAGGAAGAGGAGCUGCAGCGCAUCUUGCAGCUCUCCCUGAUGGAGAAGUGACCCCCCGACCACACUGAGCCCCCCCUACACCGACUCGGGGCCUGGGGACGUGUGUAUGGGGCACAGAGGGGUGCGUGGGGGGACGGUCCGUGCAGAGGACAAAUAGGGGGGCUGCAUCAGCCCCGUAGCCG